AUGUCGCCACGUGUUAGAGGAAGAGGUGGAAGAGGAAAGGCCCCAGUGUUGACAAGAAAUGAUCAUGAAGCCGGGCCAUCCCACCGGCGAACACCUUCAGCGACCCUUAGCUCUAGUCCCCAUGAGGAGUGGAGAACUUAUUUAGAGUCUGCGAGACGCUCUGUCUCGCUCAGUUCCUCCCCGUCUUACCAUCACUCGUUCGGACCUCAUCAAGACGAGGGGCAUAGCGAAUCGCACCAUUCCUUCAUACCUUUGCAACGAUCGGGUUCGCACCGUGCCUUCAAGGACCCGACCCCCUAUUUCCAAAGCCGGUUCAAUCCAAUGAACCAGAUUCAUGAACCAGAGGGUCAAAACCCUUUGGGACCCGCUGACCACUAUCCUGAAAUACAGGACAUGGAGAUAAAUGAAGAUCCAGAUCCGGAGAUGCCACCAACUGGGACGCCGAAGCAUCCCAUCGACAUAUCUAGCGGAUCAUCAUUUCAUGGUUCGCCUUACAGGGGCCCUGACAUUUUUGCUGAAAGAUGGGCCACAUACAAAUGGGAGUACACUCCCCCUCGCAACCCACCUCCACAACAGCAGCAAGAUCCCUCAGAGGAUCUGCAUUCCCAGGCGGUCACGCCACCACCACCACCACAGCCAGAACAACAACUGCCUCGAGAACCACCGUGGCGAAGAAGAACAGGUGCACAGAUAUCCGUGCGUGGGGGUUUCCACUUCAGCACCCCCCAACACUCAAGCAACAGCAACUAUCCGCCGCUGUAUGAAGACCCGCAAAUGGGUGGGCCUUCAAACCCAGUUUCUGAAGUCGACUCUGCACCAGUCGCACCACCACUACCACCCAUGGGUUAUGAAAACCCAAUUCCUUCUUACCCCGGUGCAGCAGCAUAUAACCCGUUUGAGCAAAAAGCUUAUUCGGGUUACAACUACAACAAUGCCCCUGAUGUUGACCCGUACCUCGAGGCGGUGAACUACAAUGCUCUCUACCCCGGAGGACCCUUUCAAGCUGCGUACCCAACUGGGUACCCGGCAUAUGGGUAUCAAUACCCACCACCUCCUCAACCUCAGCCGCAGCAGCAGCCGCAACCGCCACAGAUCCAACCACCGCAGUACCAAGAAAUCCUUCAGAGGUUGAACCAGGUGGAAUGA